AUGGUUGACAAGGUGGUGAAAGCUGCAUUGGUCAUCCAGAAGAGGUAUCGAGGUUACAGAGCUCGAUUGAAGGCCAGAGAGUAUUGUGCCCUUGCCAUAUUCCAGUCCCUUGAAUAUGCUGAUGAACAACGGCAAAUGCAGUUAUCGAGUAUCUUUUCCUUCAUGUUGGAAAAUUAUACACCUAUAUAUAAAGAAAAUAGAGUAUUAGGAGAUCAACUUAUUGGAAACAACUUCCGGGAAUUUCAGGACAGACAAUACAAUGUGGAGAUGGUACAAGUUCCCCAGUCCUACAAUGGUCCUCGGCUAAAAUUUCCUUUCACUUUUAGUGAUAUUGAUGUACUUAUUAGGGCCUACAAAAACCAACAGGUACUCCAUGCCCACUAUGUCUUAGAGGUGCUAUUUGAAACCAAGAAAGCCCUGAAGAAAAUGCCAAAUUUGACAUAUACCAACUCUUCUCCCUUCAAAGACAUAACAAUAUGUGGCGAUUUGCAUGGACACCUAGAUGAUCUUUUAUUGGUCUUCCAUAAGAUGUCUGGAGGUCAGAAAUAUAGUCCGGUGUGUCACUUUGUAGGAACUAAGGCUUUGCCCGAGAAAGAAGUGAGAUUAUAUGGUUUCUCAAAAGAAGUCUUACAUAAAUACAAGGUACACGGAAGAAAAAUUUUGGAAGUCUUGGAAGAAGUUUACAGUUGGCUCCCAGUGGGUACAAUUAUUGACAAACAAAUUCUUGUCGUACAUGGUGGGAUAUCAGAGUCCACAGACUUGAAUUUACUCAACCGAAUACAAAGAAGCAAACUAAAAUCUGUGCUGAUGCCCCCACUGGGAGCAAGCAGAAACCGAUUGACAAACUUGACUGAUUCAGACGAAGAAAUUAUUGACCUUCUGUGGAGUGACCCCAAAGGCAAGAAUGGCUGUUAUCCAAACACAAGUCGAGGAGGGGGCUGCUACUUUGGACCAGAUGUUACUGCCAAAUUUCUUAAUAAAUACCACUUGAAGAUGAUCAUUAGAUCUCAUGAGUGCAAGCCUGAUGGGUAUGAUAUCUGCCAUGAUGGAAAGGUAAUUACAGUUUUCUCUGCCUCUAAUUAUUAUGAAGACAGUAGCAACCGGGGAGCUUACAUCAAACUGGUUUAUGGCAUGAUGCUUCGAUUUUUCCAAUACCGAGUAGCUGGGGCAUCAUGUCUAAUCCAGCUUUCCCAAAGGAUUCAUACUUUGGAAAGAAGUACCAUCCGGAUAUUAAAAGCAAAAAUAAUUUCACGAAGAUCUGACCUCAUAUCUGCCUUCUAUCUUCGAGACUACAGUAAAUCAGGAAAAAUUUCAGUAGCCCAGUGGGCUUUUACUGUGGAAAACACUUUGGGGUUGAACUUGCCUUGGAGAGCUCUUAGUCCACAUCUGGUGAAUAUAGACAGCGAUGGAAAUGUUGACUACAUGUCUUGCUUUGAGGAUGUCCAAAUCGAAAAUUCUCCGGAAAAAAUGAAAACUCCUCUAAUUGAAACUAUGUACAGGUACCGAUCUGAUCUGAAACUAAUAUUCAAUCUAAUUCAUUGCGAUCACUCAGGCCUAAUCUCCAUGAAAAUAUUUUUGGCCAUGUGGAAACUUUUCAGUUCUCACUACAGUGUUUGUAUUGAUGACUCUCAAAUUGAUGAGCUUGCCAACACAAUGGAUUUAAAUGAAUUUUUUAAGACAUUCUAUGUAGUGCAUAAACAUGACAAGUUGAAUACAUAA